ACUACUGUAUUUUUUCCAGAAUACAUUGUGAUUUGUGUGUUUCAUCAUCUGAAAAAAAAAGAGAAUCCCUUUUCCCUUAAUAAAAGGAACCUGAACAAGUUGUCCUUUUUGAAGAAAUAUUGUGACUUUAAUUCAACUAAACUAUAAUGGCAUGCUUUUUUAGUUAUUAAGAAAGCAGAUGCACUAUGGUUCUCAUUUAGAAGAAGACUUAAUUGCAAUUGGGAUCACAAUUCACUUGAAAACUCAAUUGCUUUUGAUGGAGACUGAAGGAAACUCUACUCAGAAGCACAAACUUCCCAACUUAUCUCUCCGAGUUUAUUUUCACAACAAAAUUGUAUUAAAUUAUGUUGUUGAGGUUGUAAUUAUAUUGAAAGUAACUAAUGACUCAGAACCAGAUAAUCUUUAAGUCCCUUCCAACCCAAACCAUUCUGUGCUUCAAUGACUCAGUUUAGAAGUGGGCUAAAUUUUUUUACAUUGUAUUGGCUGGUCAUGGUUUGAAUUGGCCUCAGCAUUACUGCUCCUGCUUCUGCACUUUUGGAUGAGCAAUGAAACUUCAGAAGGUAGUUGGAAAAAUUAAGGCCUCAGAGGAAGCCAAAUUGAGAAGACCUUUUCCUCUUCUUGCCCACUUCUUUUUGCUCUGCAUUUUCAUAAUUAACACUUCUUAUAAAAAUGUUUGUUCAAGAUUCAUGGUUUAAUUUCAAUUAUUUUCACUUGGAUAUUUUAAAAAGCAUUUUGAAUUAAACAUACAAUGCAGAUAGUGACAAGUGGUAUGACAUCUAACAUGUACAGAUAACUAACUUACAUAAUUUCAUAAAAAAGCCAGUCAGUGUAAGGAAGAUUACCAUUCUGAAUUAUUAGUAGCAAUCCAUCCCUGUAUUUCUGUAGUUCCCUGUAUAGUUAUAAUUAAAUAAAGUUGCUUUUUUUUCCCCUCUCUCUUACCCAGAGUUAUGGCAAAGUUGACUAAUUUCUGAAAUAAAUAUAUAUUUUUCUUUCAUUAGUUCUACAUUACAUCUGCUAAUUACUUUUCAUACAUUUAAAGUGUUUUAUGAUUCUGGAGAACAAAAGGUCGACUUCUUUUGUCUGUUUCUCUUUUUUUGUUUGGGUUUUUUGUGUUUCCAGUGAAAGCAGAAUGAAUCUUGAAGAACUAAAGGAAGCUGAAGUUUGCUUUGAUGAGACUGAUAGGAAAGCUAUUGAGAGAGGUGUAGAGCAACACUUGCAGGAAUGGAAGUGUCUUCAGAGGAGGCAAAAGUAUGUGAAGGUAAAAGAAAGUUGUGGCAAGCAGUAUGCAAAAGAAGUUACAAAUGCUCCAGAAAAUGUUUGGGUUAUAAUUCAUCUUUAUUGGUAAAGUAUCCCAAUAUGUUUACUGGUUAAUGAACACCUCAACCUGCUGGCCUGAAAGUUUCCAGAAGGCAAGUUUCUCAAAGCCAUUGUAAACUGCUGCAUUCAGAAUUACAAGGACAGGUGUUUACCCACAAUACUUGUAUAUAAACUGGUGAAAUACAACAGGUUCAUUGGGAUAGCUAAACAUGUGGGAAUAUAUCUGAAAGCAGAAGGCACUAGGAAUAUUUCUAAAUAAUUCACAUUAUGAAAAAAAUGAUGUUUUUUGUAAUCAUUAGAUCUAAAGGAUACUUCUUAAAGGUUGAAAAGGUAUUUGAUUA